AUUGUGGAUUGGUGCGAGUCUCCUCGUUUCUCUCUCCCUGCUUAAGUUCACCCAAUAAGAAGAGACGUGCUGUUAACGCUCAUCUAAAAAAACCCCUUAAAUCGAGAAAUCUAGGGUUAGGGUUUUGGUGAACCAUGUCGACGUCGACGGCCGCGAAGAGGAAGCCGGUGUUCACGAAGGUGGAUCAGUUGAAGCCCGGCACCAGCGGCCACACGCUCACCGCGAAGGUCGUGACCUCGAACACGGUGCUUCAAAAGGGGCGGGCCGCGUCUCCUCACCUUCGUCAGACCAAGAUCUCUGAGUGCUUGAUCGGCGACGAGACCGCCUCCAUCGUUUUCACCGCUCGAAAUGAGCAAGUUGACUUGAUGAAACCUGGUGCCACUGUGAUCAUCCGUAACGCAAAGAUUGAUAUGUUCAAGGGAUCUAUGAGGCUGGUUGUUGACAAGUGGGGUCGCAUCGAGGUUACUGAGCCUGCUGACUUUACAGUUAAGGAGGACAAUAAUUUAUCACUGGUUGAAUAUGAGCUGGUUAAUGUUCCCGAGGAGUGAGUGGUUUCUGAUUGAAACGUUGAAUGUUACCAUCUUUUGGGGUACUUCUGUUUUUCUGAUCAGAGGUAUAAAGUUUAAUCUGAAACCGUGCUAGCUUUGUUUCAUAGAUCUGAAGGUAAACAUGCUCUUGUUAACAAAUUCUGUCUUGACUUGUGGGAUUAGUAAUGCUGCUGCGCAUUUGAGCUAUAUAAAUUGGCUUUAAAUCA